AUGGCGAAGUCCAAGAACGCGUCUCAGCACCACAACAGCCAGAAGGCUCACCGUAACGGUAUCAAGAAGCCCAAGACCAACCGUUACCCCUCCCUCAAGGGUGUUGACCCCAAGUUCCGCCGCAACCACAGACACGCUCUUCACGGUACCGCCAAGGCUCUGAAGGAGCGCAAGGAGGGCAAGCGCGAGGUCGCAUAA